AUGGAAUCAGAGGAGGUUCUCUCGCAAAUUAUCCUCGUCGUUUCGGUUGUUUCCAUGGUAGGGUCAGGGUGGAUCAUUAUCAGCUUCCUUUUUAUACCCAGUCUGCGCACUUUCCGUCAUCAAUUGAUUUUAGGUCUCGGGAUCAGUGAAUUUCUAGCCGCAAGCAAUGUUGUCAUCUCAGCUGGUCUGAAUACCUCGGGCAUCGAGAUCUGGAAUCCAUCCCUCAAGACUUUCUGCGGCUUCAAUGGACUCAUGGCUCAGACCUUUCUGGUGCAAAGUAAGCGUCGCAAUAAAUCAUUACUGACCGUAACAUACUAA